AUGACCUCCGAAACCCCGGCAUCCGAUGAGGAUCUCACUGCCAGAGCUGAACGAUUGGGAUAUUACGAUGGUGACGAUGGAAAUGUGGAUGGUUCGCGAUCGCCCUCGUGGCAUCCGGAGGAGAUGGAGAAGGUGAUGGAGAGAGAGACGCGGGAGAAGAUGGAGGAGGAGAUGGGGAAGCAAACGGAGAAGCAGAUGGUGAUGCAGACGGAGAUGCAGAUGAUGACGCAGACGGAGAUGCAGACAGAGAACACGACGGAGAAGCAAAUGGGGUUGCAGACCGGAAAGCAGCCUGUUGCGCAGGCUGAAAGCGAACAGGUCGCAUCUAGACGGGUCACGGUCGUGGACCUUACUGAAUCAGUCUCCUCUGAGUCUGAGUCGCAGGAUGACAAGAUGCCGACCAACUGCACUGCUCAAGCCAACGUCAAGGUCGACGACGGGAAUGGAGUCAAACUACAGCUCCCUUCUUGUGGGACCAAGCGGAAGCGUGAAUCUCCAAGCGUGCAGCCCGCCUUCUCCUCCACCUCCAACCCCACAUUCAAGCACACGAAGUCCAAUUACAUCGAAGUCAUCAGCAACAACUGGACUGGAGACGCCUUCAUCGACAUGAUGAAUUCUUGGAAUGCUUCAAACGGGGAAACUCGUCUAUGGCGAGACAAUGCCUCCCUGUUAGAGGACCUCGCGCGGCUUUCAAAUAUUGUGCCUUCGCUGCCGUCGGCUCGUAAACUUCUUGAGGAAUUUCGGGCGAAGAGAUUGAAGGACGGGAAACUGGCGGGGAGGCUAAUUCGGGAUGAUGUAAGAGCUGUGAUUCGUCAAGCUAAAGGAUCGUUCGAAGUGAGGGAUGCUGAGAGUGGCAGGAAUGGACGGUCAAGUCUGCUGCGUACGAGUGGUAAAGCCCUGACCUCCCACGGCCCCAACAAACGCACGAUAUCCUUCCACCUCGAAACUAUCCGAUCCAACUGGGAAGAUGAACCCGCGUUCGCCGCUAUGAUGGAUCUCUACAAUUCUGCGGACGAGGAUGAGACGAGCCCUUGGCGGCAGAAUCUCACUCUACUGCAGAAUCUGGCGCGGCUUUCCAGGGCGGUGCCGGAUUUUCGUAUCGCGAGGGGACUGGUCGAGCAAUAUCAGGCAAAGAGGAAGUCACGGGGUCGGGGUUCGAAGAGGCUGACUCGGGAUGAUGUACUGAUCGUGAUCAAUGAUGCCAGACCGGUGUAUGAGAGAGGGCGUGGUGUUGGACGGAAGCUGUGGAGUCCGAGUCCAGCUGGUGAGCAAGCUGUUGGACCUAGCCGAGACACCCCAGGAUCGCUCAAGGCCUUGAUCAGCUCACGUCGAGGCGGAACUGGAGGGCCAAGUCUGCCGCCUGCAAGCGGUGGAGGCGCAACCGCCUCGAGUGGCGUCUCAGGACUGCCAAUUCCUGCAAGGAGCGUCGAGCCCUCGAACAUGGACCUACUCCAACGACUGGAGCGACUGGAACAGAGGAAAAAAGAAAUCAAGCAGUGGCAAGAGAAGAAAGUGGCAACUGACCGAGACAUCCAACAACGUGAGCAAAGCAUCAAACAAGGGGAGGAGAGGAUCAAGAAAUGCGAGCAGCAUAUUUUGAAGGCCCAGAAAGCUAUUGAGCAAGACUCGAGGGCGAAUGCGAACUAUGUGAAAGUGAAUCGGGAGGGUCGAAGUGUCGGUAGGGAACUUGGUCGACAGAUUGAGGAGGGCGAGGAGGAAGGAGGCAUGUUGCCGGAAGAGGAUCCCAUUCGACGAGACAACCGACCGUCACGACACAGAAGAUCAGUCUCUCGCGUGAAAGCUUCGGACAGCGGAAUGCGACGAAGUCCGACUGUACCUGCCACUGAACGAUUGGUACUCUUGUUCAACCUCAUGUCCCUUGUCAAGAAGCAACUCGUCAUCAAGCUUGAACUUUCCCACUACCUUCUGAACACAGAGAAACGACGCAUCAUGGCAACACGUCCGGAAUCACGGACUGGCAGGACAUCUUUGGGUCGUGCGAAGACUCCAGUCGAGGAUCGAGAAACGAGGAACUAUCGACUAGGUGUAGACGACGGCGAUAGCACUGCUGGUGACACGUUCGACGGUGACAUCGUCGACAACGGCCCCAUGGACGGCGACAACAUUCACGUCGGGCAGUACGUCUCUCCAUACGGACCCGCAAAGGGUACGAUCAGUCAGGCAACGGGCUUGGCCAACAGCAAGCGCCCAGCCACCCAGAAAUACAACGCCCCUGUAUCGUUGCAAGCAGCUUCGUCCGGAACGACGUCCAAGCGCAAUCGAAGCGAGAGUGAGAAAGAAGAGAGCACGCCAACCCAGAAUGCGAAACGACUGUGCCGAACCAUCGACUUUUCUCGCUUUCCCGAACCCAAGCGAUCCGCGAUGAUGAAGGUUUACUCAUGCAUCAUAAGCAACUGGGAUAAGAAGGGCUUCCAAGACAUGAUGGACAGACUGCAUCGCGGUCGGACAAGCAUGUCCUGGGAGGACAACAAGGCCGUGAUGGAAGAUUUGGCGACAUUGUCUCAGGAUAUGAAGAGGGUGGUCGCCCGAAUCCCACCUCUCGUUGCUGCGGAGCGGUUCCUCGAGCGAGAGUUGAGGAGGAAGAAGGACGCUGCCGGCCGUACGCUGAUUGCUGAUCGAAUUACAUCUGAAAUUGUGAAGACGGUCAGCCUGAACUUAAAGCAAGGCCUUUAUGAUGCUGAGAUCAACGCUGAUGUUCGUCACGGAGCUCAGAUCGCUGCACUGGUGGACUGUCUUACUGAAGAACACGAAUUUCCUGGGAACAAGGUCCAACAACCUACUACUCAAGCCGUCGAACGCCACCAUGCACCACCAGCCAACCCAUUGCCUGACGAAACGAUGCCCAGUGCUUCUGGACUGGACUUGCCAAAACACGAUUCGGUUGUCGGUGACGAUACUGCCGAGGACACCACGUCUAAAGAGAAACAGCAGAUCACCGCGACGCCAAUCGCCGUGAUGAGCCAUGAGCUGCAUGGUCACGGAACACGACCUCCAACCGCAACUCUCGCGGUUGCUGAAACGGUCCCUAGCAUGGGUGAUCCUAUGAUCUAUGCCACAAAUGCUGCAGCAAAGACCGCGGGUAGGGCAGUGUUUGGACCCUCGAGCCCACUCACAAAGCUCAUGCUCGAGACCAGACGUGUGAAAGAACAGAGGGCGAUGAGCGCACGAGAAGAAAAGGAGAACAGCCAGAGAGCCAGGGAAUUUGCGCUGAAAGCCAAAGCCGAUCAGCUCAAAGCAGAAGAGCACAAUAAGAAGGCUAAAGAGCAUGAACACCAGGCACUCUGUCACGCUCAAUCCGUCAGAGACAAUGAGCAAAAGGCUACAGAGUAUGGCCAAAGGGCUGCAGAACACAUGGCAAAGAUUAAAGAGUACGAGCGGACGAUGCAGGGAAAAGAUGAAGAGGCACAUCGAGUGUGCGAAGAUGCUGGGAAUGAAUUGAAGAGGAACUUGCGCGAGCGUUAUCAAUUGGCAUUGGACAAAGGACUUGGUUCAUGCCAACCUGUCCCCUGGUUGUGA